AGUUUAUGCGCACGUCCGAGCCAAGCGACAGACUUUUCGGUGGUACUCAUACUUGAGUACCGAGGCGCGUACUAGGGUAGCACGCGGUUGAUGGUGCUCUAGUGUUUCCCCCUCGUCCCUGGUGGAAUCCCCGAAUCCCCGCAUCCCCACACUUGGUAGUGCUGCACUGUACAGUAAGUUACUCUGGAGGAAUCAACUGCCGCCUCUUCUUCUCCCUCUUUUCACUCUUCUUCAACCUGCGUUGCCUGUGUGCACACCCCGAUGAGAUCCAUAACUCCCUGUGACGGUUGCGCUCUGCGACGUGUACGAUGCCGUGGUGGACACCCAUGUGCCGAGUGCCAGCGACGCUCCCUGACCUGCACUUUUCUGCGCAUCCCCAAAAAGAGGGGCCCGAAAGGUCCUCGACUAGCCACCGGCUGCAGGAUCAAGACAUUUCAGAAAGAUCUCGAGAAGGCUAAUCCGCCUAGUCGUGAUCUACACCACACGUCGACGUUGACCCAUAAGCAACUUGCAGAUGCUUGCCCGGAUCUGCCCACACAACCGCUCGCUCCACCACCAGCACCCUGCUUGCAUCACAUCCCCCUUAGUUCCUACCUCGAGUUCUUGGAAAUCUUCCGUCACCGUCUCUACCCAGUCUGGCCUAUCGUAUCUUAUGACGAUCUCAUCUCACGCCUGAGAGCUGACAACCAAGAUUUCGAAGCGUAUGCGUUGGCUGGUGCGCUGUGUGCCGCCGUCAUCUCCCAGCUCCGGUUGCCUGAGCAUGCCGCGUCGUUCCUUCCCAUCUCCUCGCGCCACUUUCAGAUUGAGUCUGAGCGAUUGAGAAUUCUUUUCGACUAUCGCGACCAUUAUUCUAUAGCGUCGCUAUUGACCUCGUUUUUCAUCCACGUCUAUUUCGCCAAUACCAACAAGCUACAAACAGCUGGGCUCUACUUGCGAGAAGCAAUUGCCUACGCGCACGGCCUCGAACUGCAUCGGCCAGAAACAUUUGCGUCUCUUACUGCUAUCAGUGAGCACCAACUAAGGCUCCGUGUUUACUGGAUUCUGUUUAUCUCGGAGAGGACUUUCUGCGUACAGAAUGGUUUACCCGCCAUAUUAAAAGUGAUUGAUGAACUGCCUACGCCUGAUCUCGAUACGCGUUACGACAGCACCCCACUGCCGGCAUUUCUCGCCCUCACUCGCCUAUUCCUCUAUCUUAAAAGCCGCUUCAUCACGCAUCCAUUAUCUCACCAAGGUGCGAUUGUUUCUGAAGACCAGAAAAACGAGGUUUCUGCCUUUCAGCACAAUCUCCGGCUCAAAGCCGAUAGAAGAAGUCUCAACGAGAUGCAAUACGUGGAUAUACUCGCCACGCGUAACUGGAUUCGAACCCUCCUUUGGCAAUAUUCGAUUGUAAACUUCCCCGUGUCUUGCCAUGCUGACGAUGACGCAUUUUCCGCAUUACUUCCUGCCUCGAUCGCUAAGGAUAUGCUUUCAGUCUUUACCACGGUGUCGAAUUCGUCGAUUCGUGCCCAUGGAUAUGGAAUGGAGCUCAAGAUCUUCCGGAUGGCGGAUUCGCUCUUAGACGUUCUCCUGUGCGUACCUUCGGCAACUGAAACUCAUGGCAUGCUGGUGGGAUCACGGGAAGCCCUACAUUCACUAGAGCAUGUACUCUUAAAUGUUGGGGGACCAAAUUCCACGCUUCUGGAAACAUUGCGGCGGCGAAUGGCAGAAUCAGAUCUUCCCAUCUCUCCUUUUCGAUGGCUUGACAUCCCAAUUUUCGAAUCUAACCAAGAUGAUCAAGUACAAAAACCAUCUGAGUUACAUGAGUUAUUAGAUCUAACGGCCCUAGUUCCGAGGAUUUUGCAAGGGAAAAUGGCAGCCGAGGUGGUGGACAUUGCAUAAUUGUAGUGAUCCCUUGGCAAAACACAAAUAUCGCGAAAGCGUCAAAAUCCAAUUAUCACAUCGGCAUUAAAAGUCGAGGACUCCAGGAAAUCAAACCCCUAGAUACUUAUGGACUUAUGAUCAAGUCCGAAACGUCAAGGAGAUCCUUGGACUGUCGCAAGGUGAUGCUUCUCGGAAGCAUCUCACUACAGCCCUGCACAACCGCGCAGUCAUGUCUCUUCACCCCGUCAUUAUCUGUAUCAACGAUCGCCUGAUUAUGGCCAGGCGGAUAGAUGAAUGGAUGAAUGGAAGACUAAAAUCUGAAAUCACAGCUACUCAGGGGCGAGGCGGGGUGCGAUUAUUGCUGGACGACGGUGACAUUUAGAGGUCGAGGGCGAACUACUACAGUACCAUGCUGGGUUCUGGGGUUGAGAUUGGUCUGGGUUAUAGCAACGUCUGUGUUAUAAAUUUGGCGUUAUGAUAUAGACACUUACACUCCACCACCUAGGAUAUAUGUUGGAACGAAGCUAGAGACUAUAGUGGUAACCAUCGCAUCUCUAUCACUCAUAUCCUACUAUGGUAGAGACCUGCAAGCCUCUAUGACCAUAGACUCGAGAGAAUUGGGCAUCGCGUCUGCUCUGCCAUACACAAGCUUGCAUAACACCUGGACGAUAGUCUCAAUCGUGCCAGUGAAUAUGACGUGGAAUCUGAGCCGCUUACCCCCGUGAGGGUAUUCUUCGGGUAAGGCGAGGGUGGGCAGGGGGAUGAUCAGAGUGAGUAAGAUUAAGCAUGUCAGUUUGGUGGUGACACUAAAUAGGCCAGGGUUGCCUUCCUUAUAUAGCCACCAUCGGUUGUGCCGCUGGACCUGCAUUCGUCAAUAUGUUUGCGAACGAAUGCGUGGUAGGGGAAUAUGAGGGAGUGGCUCUCGAUUAGCCUUACAAGUGUUGAUUCCAGCUGUUUAGGUAGUAGACAAGGUUCCUCCGUCUCGUAUCCAUUCGAUUAGAUGCUCACUGCCUACAUAUGUCGGUAGUUCUUUGAAGUGUAGUAUACGAGAAGCAGAGGAAUGUCAUGGGGGAUGUUUCGUUCGGAAACUGUGGCAGGAUGCUAUAGUAUAUGGGUCAGCUGGGGUGAGAUACGAGGACUGUCUUGUCAUUGCGCCAAUAAUACCUUAUAGUGGAGCGAAGAUCUCAACAUUAUUCACACCGAAUCUAGUGGCAUGCACAGAAGCGUUCGUAUACGGUG